AACGACUUUGCGAAGAUGCUAUUGUGAACCAUGACGGCAAAAGGGAGUUGCUUGAUUGAAGACGAUUGAAGAACCUGAACCUCUGAAAAUGGAGGCUGUAACGGAGGGUCUCUGGGGGCUGACCGACUAUCACGAGAAGAAGGGUGAAAUCGCAAAGGCGGUGAAGUGCCUCGAAGCCAUCUGCCAGAGUCAUAUCUCCUUCCUUCCUAUAAUAGAGGUUAAAACCCGGCUUCGCAUCGCUACCCUUCUCCUCAAACACUCUGACAACGUUACUCACGCCAAGUCUCACCUCGAACGCUGUCAAGUGCUCUUGAAGUCCAUUCCGUCAUGCUUUGAAUUGAAGUGCAGAACAUAUAGUUUACUAAGUCAGUGCUACCAUAUUGUGGAAGCUUUUCCCGCUCAAAUGCAGAUAUUGUCCAAGGGUUUAGAGCUAACAGUUUCCUCUGGAGAUCGGUUUGCAGGGAAGCUGUGGUUUUGCAAUUUCACUUCACAGCUUGCAAAUGCUUUGAUAAUUGAAGGAAACUAUCAAGGAUCAAUAUCUACUCUGCAAGAUGGCUAUAAAUGGGCGUCAGAAAUGUUAUGCCCAGAGUUACAGAUGUUUUUUGCAACUUCCAUGUUGCAUGUUCACCUAAUGAUGUGCGAUGAUCAGAGUACGACUGAGACAGCUAUUAAAAAUUGCAAUGAGUUGUGGGAUUCCAUCGAGGAAGGAAAAAGACAACAAUGCACUGGUCUAUUCUUUUACUAUCAGUUGCUGCACAUUUUCUUCCUACUCCGUAUCUGUGAUUUCAAAAAUGCUGGUCAACACGUAGAAACACUUGACACUGCUAUGAAGGCUGACAUGCAAAGGAACAGGUAUAUUCAGGAUCUCAAAACAGAGCUUGAAAAAGUAAAUCUGAGUCUCUCCCAUACCCACUUAAAUCAUAAAGAGAAGUCAGCUCUUUCCCGAAAACAAGGUCAGCUGCUACAACAUCUUAGUAGUAUUGCUGGAUCAUCAUCUCAUGGCAAAACAACUUUGGAACCUGCAUAUUUUGGUAAUAUAAGAAGGGCCUUGGAGGAUAAGCUAGAGUUAGCACCAUCACCUAUUAAUGGGGAGUGGCUCCCAAAAAGUGCUGUAUAUGCCGUUGUUGAACUUAUGGUCAUUGUCCUUGGCCGACCAAAAGGAAACUUUAAGGAGUGUGUGAAGCGCAUCCAAUCUGGGAUCCAAAGUAUUCAAGAUGAGCUGGUGAAACUUGGGAUCACUGAUAAUGUGGGAGAAUCGGUCUUGCAACGCUCAACAAUGUGGAUGGCUGGUGUCUACUUAAUGCUUCUAAUGCAAUUCUUGGAAAAUAAAGUUGCUAUGGAGCUAACACGGUCAGAAUUCGUUGAAGCACAAGAGGCUCUGGUGCAGAUGAGGGACUGGUUUGUUCAUUUUCCGACAACUUUACAGGAUUUUGAAAACAUUAUUGAGAUGCUUAGGGGACAGUAUGCUCAUUCUGUUGGCUGUUAUAGCGACGCUGCUUUUCAUUUUAUUGAAGCAGGCAAGAUGACUGAAAAUAAAUCGACACAAGCUAUGUGCCACAUCUAUGCCGCUGUCUCUUACAUUUGUAUUGGUGAUCCAGAAUCUGCUGCACAGGCAUUUGAUCUAGUUGGACCAGUUUACAAUAUUGUGGAUUCUUUUGUUGGUGUGCGUGAGAAAACCAGCAUCCUACUUGCGUAUGGAUUCUUAUUGAUCAGGCAACAAAAUCUACAAGAGGCCCGGGUUCGCUUGGCAACUGGCUUGCAGAUUGCGCAUAACCAUUUGGGGAAUCUUCAACUUGUUUCUCAGUAUCUAACUAUUCUUGGCCACUUGGCACUUGCUCUUCAUGACACUGGGCAAGCUAGAGAGAUCUUGAGAUCCUCCCUUACAUUGGCUAAGAAGGUCUGUGAUAUACCAACUCAAAUAUGGGUAGUAUCAAAUUUGACAGCUUUAUACCAGCAGUUAGGUGAAAAAGGAAAUGAAAUGGAGAAUAUUGAAUAUCAUACAAAAAAGAUGGAUGAUCUACAGAAAAGACUCAAUGACGCAUGUUCAUCAAUUCAUCACAUUGAGCUGAUUGAUAGAACAAAGAUUAAAGUCAAUCCAAAUCAAGAGGUUGAUGGAAAGCGUUUUGCGGUUACUCCACUGAGAGGCAGCAAUCUUGACAUUCCCGAGUCAGUUGGUCUGUCGCACUUAACUUCAUCUGCUCCGUCUAGGCUUAGGGAUUUAGACAUUGGCAGAGGUGGGAAGAGGAAACUGUAGUUUGCUUGUAUUUUUAGUUUUCAAAUGUUUAUUUUAUUUUCUUGGAUAGUUUUAAAUGUUAUGUAUCAUAUGGGAUGUUGAUACAAAUCUAUAGCUCUGUAAGAGCCACAAAAUAUAAAAUAUAAAGAUGUUUGAA